AUGGAUCAGUGUGAGGACAGAGAGGAGGGAGUCCCUCCCUCUAAAACCACUCUGUGUGGGGAACAUGAGAGCCAGACCAAAGCUCAGAGGAACCAACCUGAACCUGAACCUGGACCUGGACCUGAACCUGAACCUGAACCCAGCUGUGUGUCCUUAAAGAGCGACCAGUCUAAAUUUGACCUCAUUGAUUUUAAAGGACAGCAACCUUCUGCUGCAGAGAGAGUGGAUCAGGAGAGCUCAGAGGUUCCCAGUGGUCAGUCUGCCCAGCAGCAUCAAACACAGCUGGACUCCAUAUUUAUGCUGCUGGAGGAAAAUAUCAUCUGUUUUGUGAAGAACGAGCUGAAGAAAAUCCAGAAGGUUCUAAAUCCAGAUUACCCAGAAUCCUUAGAGAGUCAGAAGGAGGAUGAGGAGCUGUUGGAGGUUGAGGAAGAAGCAAGCAAAAAGGAAAACAGAGAAGCAUUUGUGAAGAUCACACUGCACUUCCUGAGAAGAAUGAAGCAGGAGGAGCUGGCUGACCGUCUGCAGAGCAAAAUGUUUGCUCCACUCUGUCAACAUGAGCUUAAAGCUCAGCUCAAGAAGAAGUUCCAGUGUGUGUUUGAGGGCAUCGCUAAAGCAGGAAAUCCAACCCUUCUGAAUCAGAUCUACACAGAGCUCUACAUCACAGAGGGAGGGGCUGCAGAGGUCAAUGAUGAACAUGAGGUCAGACAGAUUGAAACAGCAUCCAGGAAACCAGAAACAACAAUCAGACAAGAAGACAUCUUUAAAGGCUCACCUGGAAGAGAUGAACCAAUCAGAACAGUGCUGACAAAGGGAGUGGCUGGCAUUGGGAAAACAGUCUUAACACAGAAGUUCACUCUGGACUGGGCUGAAGACAAAGCCAACCAGGACAUCCAGUUCAUGUUUCCAUUCACUUUCAGAGAGCUGAAUGUGCUGAAAGAGAAAAAGUUCAGCUUGGUGGAACUUGUUCAUCACUUCUUUACUGAAACCAAAGAAGCAGGAAUCUGCAGCUUUGAACACUUCCAGGUUGUGUUCAUCUUUGAUGGACUGGAUGAGUGUCGACUUCCUCUGGACUUCCACAACACUGAGAUCCUGGCUGAUGUUACAGAGUCCACCUCAGUGGAUGUGCUGCUGACAAACCUCAUCAGGGGGAACCUGCUUCCCUCUGCUCGCCUCUGGAUAACCACACGACCUGCAGCAGCCAAUCAGAUCCCUCCUUGGUGCACUGACAUGGUGACAGAGGUCAGAGGGUUCAGUGACCCACAGAAGGAGGAGUACUUCAGGAAGAGAUUCAGAAAUGAGGAGCAGGCCAGCAGGAUCAUCUCCCACAUCAAGACAUCACGAAGCCUCCACAUCAUGUGCCACAUCCCAGUCUUCUGCUGGAUCACUGCUACAGUUCUGGAGGAUGUGCUGAAAACCAGAGAGAGAGGAGAGCUGCCCAAGACCCUGACUGAGAUGUACAUCCACUUCCUGGUGGUUCAGGCCAAAGUGAAGAAGGUCAAGUAUGAUGGAGGAGCUGAGACAGAUCCACACUGGAGUCCAGAGAGCAGGAAGAUGAUUGAGUCUCUGGGAAAACUGGCUUUUGAUGAGCUGCAGAAAGGAAACCUGAUCUUCUAUGAAUCAGACCUGACAGAGUGUGGCAUCGAUAUCAGAGCAGCCUCAGUGUACUCAGGAGUGUUCACACAGAUCUUUAAAGAGGAGAGAGGGCUGUACCAGGACAAGGUGUUCUGCUUCAUCCAUCUGAGUGUUCAGGAGUUUCUGGCUGCUCUUCAUGUCCAUCUGACCUUCAUCAACUCUGGAGUCAAUUUGCUGGAAGAACAACAAACAUCUUUCCAUGACUUUGAAAGGAAAAUAUCUGCACAGACACACCUCUACCAGAGUGCUGUGAACAAGGCCUUACAGAGUCCAAAUGGACACCUGGACUUGUUCCUCCGCUUCCUCCUGGGUCUUUCACUGCAGACCAAUCAGACUCUCUUACGAGGCCUGCUGACACAGACAGGAAGUAGCUCACAGGCCAAUCAGGAAACAGUCCAGUACAUCAAGAAGAAGCUCAGUGAGAAUCUGUCUGCAGAGAAAAGCAUCAACCUGUUCCACUGUCUGAAUGAACUGAAUGAUCGUUCUCUAGUGGAGGAGAUCCAACAGUCCCUGAGAUCAGGACGUCUCUCCACAGAUAAACUGUCUCCUGCUCAGUGGUCAGCUCUGGUCUUCAUCUUACUGUCAUCAGAAGAAGAUCUAGAUGUGUUUGACCUGAAGAAAUACUCUGCUUCAGAGGAGGCUCUGCUGAGGCUGCUGCCAGUGGUCAAAGCCUCCAACAAAGCUCUGUUGAGUCUCUGUAACCUCUCAGAGAGAAGCUGUGAAGCUCUGUCCUCAGUUCUCAGCUCUGAGUCUUCUAGUCUGAGAGAGCUGGACCUGAGUAACAAUGACCUGAAGAACUCAGGAGUGAAGAUUUUGUCUUCUGGAAUCUGGAGUCCACACUUUGAACUGGAAACACUCAGGCUGUCAGGCUGCCUGAUCACAGAAGAAGGUUGUAAGUCUCUGGUCUCAGCUUUGAGCUCCAACCCCUCCCAUCUGAGAGAGCUGGACCUGAGCUACAACCAUCCAGGAGAGGCAGGAGUGAAGCUGCUGCAGCAGCUAAAAAUAGAGAUAGUCAGGGUGGAGCCUGCUGGAGUCCGAUGGCUGAUCCCAGGUCUGAGGAAGUAUUCCUGUCAACUCACAAUCGACACAAACACAGUGAACACAAACCUCAAACUGUCUGACAACAACAGGAAGGUGACACAUGUGGAGGAGGUUCAGUCAUAUCCUGAUCAUCCAGACAGAUUUGAUUAUUGGCCUCAGCUGCUGUGUAGAGAUGGUCUGACUGGUCGCUGUUACUGGGAGGUCGAGUGGAGCGGAGAGGUUCAAAUAUCAGUGAGUUACAGAAGAAUCAGUAGGAAAGGAAACAGAGAUGAGUGUGAGUUUGGAAGGAAUGAUCAGUCCUGGAGUCUGAACUGUUCUGACGUUAAGGGUUACAUCUGUAACAACAACCAAGAAACUUCCUCCUCUUACUCCUCCUCCUCCUCCUCUGUCUCUAACAGAGUAGCAGUGUAUGUGGACUGUCCUGCUGGCACUCUGUCCUUCUACAGAGUCUCCUCUGACACUCUGAUCCACCUCCACACCUUCAACACCACAUUCACUGAACCUCUUUAUCCUGGAUUUGGGUUCUGGUUUCCUGGUUCCUCAGUGUCUCUGUGCUGA